AUGGCAGCCGCUAAUGAGCACAAAGAGCACUUUAGUCAGUUUGGUACUGUACGAAGAUGUUUCCUGCCAUUUGAAAAAGAAACAGGCUUUCACAAAGGUUGUUGUUGGAUUGGAUUUUCUUCAGAAGAAGAACUUCAAAGAACAUUACAGCAAGAAAAUCAUUUCAUUGAUGGAGUCAAAGUCCAUGAUCAGCACCAAAGACACAGAUGUGGAGAUAUGAAGCAGCAAAUCUGA